AUGAACACCAAAGCUUGUGUCCCCAGUGGUCCUGACCACAUCAACUACUACAAAGGUGGUUGGAACAUCGGACAAAAAGCCAGAGUCGGCCCCCACAAGAAGGAAGUCAUCUCCAUGGCACGUAUCUACAACCAACGCCCCGGCCGCCUCCGAAUGCACGUCUAUGGCGGGCCAACAAAGAAGGACACGAAGCUCGCCACAGUCGAAACGAUCCCCUUCAAGAAGCAAGGCUGGACAAAGUGGCUGCGCUUCUUCCCGGGAGUUCGCAGCGGCGUGCCCUCUGACGUAGACAUCAUUCUGUUCCCAGACGAGUCCAAGGGCAAGGGCAAGAACCACGAGGGUGCGGAGCGCAUCGAGAUCCGCGGACGCCAGUUCCGAUUCACCGCCGCCGUGGGCCACGGCCAGCAGCACCGGCUCGAGACGUUCGAGUGGCGGUGGAGCGACGGCGGCGAGGUCGGCCACUACACGAAGCGCAUCCCCGAGACCAAUGGCCGCGGCUGGAAGCUGCUGCGCCUCGACACCGAGGGCCAGGACGGCAGCCGCGACCAGAAGGAGUGCGUCGCCGCCUUUUCGCAGACGGGCAAGUUCGGCUCCAAGUCGCACCGCUACCAGCUGUUCAACUCGGGCGCGUCAGGCCUCCUGGGCGAGCGGUUUGAGCUGUAUGCCUAUCUUACGUUCCAGGCCAUCCUGGACCAGGAAGCGCGUGAGGCGGCUAAGGCAGCGGCGGAGAGGCAGGCUAGGAUGAACCAGCAGAUGAAUCGUAAUCGCUAUUAG